AUGAGCAUUAACUCAUACGUGUUUGUGUGUGUGUGUGUGUGGGUGGGUGGGUCAAUUUAUAAUGUGUGUGAUUUUUAUCAACAGAUUUUCCACAUGACGUAUGAUCUAGCAAGUGCUGUGGUGAGAAUCUUCAAUUUAAUUGGAAUGAUGCUGCUGCUUUGCCACUGGGAUGGCUGCCUUCAGUUCUUGGUACCAUUACUGCAGGAUUUCCCACAAGACUGCUGGGUGUCGCUAAAUGGUAUGGUUAAUGAUUCCUGGGGGAAGCAGUACUCAUAUGCCCUCUUCAAAGCCAUGAGCCACAUGCUUUGCAUUGGUUAUGGAGCCAGAGCCCCCGUCAGCAUGUCGGAUCUGUGGAUAACCAUGCUGAGCAUGAUUGUGGGGGCCACCUGCUAUGCCAUGUUCGUGGGUCAUGCCACGGCCCUAAUUCAGUCUUUGGAUUCCUCAAGGCGUCAGUAUCAAGAGAAGUACAAACAAGUGGAACAGUACAUGUCAUUUCAUAAACUGCCUGCUGACAUGCGUCAGAAGAUCCAUGAUUACUAUGAACACCGUUACCAGGGCAAGAUCUUUGACGAGGACAGCAUUCUCAAUGAGCUCAACGACCCACUUAGGGAGGAGAUUGUCAACUUCAACUGCCGGAAGCUUGUCGCCACAAUGCCACUCUUUGCAAAUGCAGACCCAAAUUUUGUUACUGCCAUGCUAAGCAAACUUCGGUUUGAGGUGUUCCAGCCUGGAGAUUAUAUUAUCCGAGAAGGAGCUGUGGGAAAGAAGAUGUAUUUCAUUCAACAUGGGGUUGCUGGUGUCAUCACUAAAUCCAGUAAAGAGAUGAAACUGACAGAUGGGUCCUACUUUGGAGAGAUCUGUCUUUUGACCAAAGGCCGCCGCACUGCCAGUGUACGAGCAGAUACUUACUGUCGAUUGUAUUCUCUUUCUGUGGACAAUUUUAAUGAGGUUCUGGAAGAAUACCCUAUGAUGAGAAGAGCAUUUGAAACAGUAGCCAUUGACAGACUGGACAGGAUAGGAAAGAAAAAUUCGCUUCUCCUGCAGAAAUUCCAAAAAGAUCUCAAUACCGGCGUUUUCAACAACCAAGAGAGUGAAAUUUUGAAGCAGAUAGUAAAACACGACCGAGAGAUGGUGCAGACUGUUGUCCCGAUGAACAUACAGCAGAUGUCAGCGCUGAAUUCUAACACUCCAGGCGCAGCCCCAUCAAUGCAGAUCAGGACGCAGUCCCCACCUGUGUAUUCUGUUCCCAACCUCUCACACGGGAGCCUGAAUUCUCCAACGCCAAGCACACAGACGCCCCAGCAAGCUGCCGUUUUCUCGCCCUGCUCCUACCCUUCGGCAGUCUGUAGUCCUCCAAUACAAAGCCCACUGGCUGGCCGAACUUUUCAGUAUGCAACACCUACAGCUUCGCAGCUGUCGCUACUGCAGCAGCAGCAGCAGCAACCGCCGCCGCCGCCACCACCACAACAGCAGUCGCAGCAGCCACAGCAAACACCUAGCACAUCACAGAAGAGCGAUGUCCACAAGAGCACGCAAGCUCUUCACAAUGCUAGUCUGACAAGAGAGGUGAGGCCUCUCUCUGCCUCACAGCCUUCUUUGCCCCAUGAGGUUUCUGCUAUGGCUUCUAGACCUCAUCCGACAGUGGGGGAAUCUUUAGCCUCCCUUCCACAGCCAGUCUCAAGUCUCCAAAGCACAGGCAUCCAGGCUGGAAGCAAAGGCACAGUGCCGCCAAGGGUCGCCCUGUUCCGCCAGAUGUCUUCCGGAGCAAUUCCGCCCACACGAGGGGCCACGCCAUCCACAGCCACACCACCAAGGGAUUCUUCCACAGUCUUAAACACUGAACUAGAGGGAGAUAAACCACGAUUUGCUUCAAACUUAUGA